CUUGUUCCUUAAAUUGAUGGGCUAGGAGUGAAUCUCUGGAGUCGAUUGUUGUCAUCUUACAUCCUAAAUGCUGGUGAGUAUUAUUACAGUUACAGCCUAAUGGCCUUCAUGAGGAAGUUGAAAAGGGGCUACUUGAACAAUUCAAUUGCAUUGGUAUGCGUCAUUGUAUCUGCUUCAUGCCUGCUGGUUUUACUUGUUUCGAUGCUUAGACUACCUGAAAUAUCAUUAGAGAGGGGCAGAAUCCGUUCCCCAAGGUUGUUGAAAUUUGGGAAGAGACUAGAGGAGGAAGAGAGACUCGGGAAGCUCGCGGAGGUGGUGUUUGGGAUGUUACCAGACGAUCUUGCUUUCACUAUCUUCAUCCCAUCGGAGGAAGCUUUCGAACGUGAUGUGAAACUAUGGGCCAAUGACAGCCUGGUGGAACAGAAAGCAAAUGAUACAUUUGCUAUUCUCUCUCGUUUAUUGGCGUUCUCGACAGUUCCUCAGCACUUGCCCUUUUUUGAAAUACCCUUGGAUAGGGAGAUCUCUCUGGAUUCUAUAUCUGGAUUCAGGUUAUAUGCUUUGAGGACUUCGGAUGGCACCCUUGUCGUUAACAACAUCCAAUCAGAAUGGGUUGAUCUCAGAAAAGGGAAGAUCAUCGUACAUGUAAUGAGCGGGGUGAUCAUGGAUGCUGAAUUCGAGCAAUCGUUUCGACCUGAUUAUGAUGAUGAAGAUUAAAUCUCCCAUCUGGAUGCCUGGUUUUGUCAAAUACCGGCACAGCUUGACAUAAUAACGGAACCCCUCGUGAACUCUGGCAGGUAGUACAAAAAAGAUCGGUUCUAGUUUCAUAGCGACAUCAGCAUUCAUUCAACAGACAGAUGCAUACUUGACUCUUGUUGAUAGUUUUAGGAUAUAUAUAAGAACAAAGAAAUGUUGCA